AUGACCGAAUAUAAGCUCGUAGUCGUCGGGGCCGGCGGCGUCGGCAAAUCCGCCCUCACCAUACAGCUCAUCCAGAACCACUUCGUCGACGAGUACGAUCCCACCAUCGAGGACUCUUACCGAAAGCAGGUCGUCAUCGACGGCGACACGUGCCUGCUGGAUAUCCUCGACACGGCCGGUCAGGAGGAGUACAGCGCUAUGCGAGACCAGUACAUGCGAACGGGCGAAGGCUUUCUUUUAGUGUUCGCAGUGAACUCGGCCAAGAGCUUCGAAGACAUAGGCACCUAUCGGGAGCAGAUCAAGCGGGUGAAAGACGCCGAGGAGGUGCCCAUGGUGCUCGUCGGCAACAAAUGCGAUCUGUCCUCUUGGGCGGUCGAUAUGAACCAAGCUAGAGAGAUUGCGAAGCAGUACGACAUUCCCUUCAGAGAGACCUCGGCGAAGACCCGGAUGGGCGUCGACGACGCGUUCUACACGUUAGUCCGGGAGAUCCGGAAAGGGAAGUCGAACAAGAAGAAGGGCUCGCAUCAUUUGAGCAACGUGCGCAUGCCCAUCAAAGUGAGGUGCUCGAUUCUCUAA